GCCGCGCUCUCCACAGGUUUGAAGUGUGUUUGUCUUUUGUGUGACUCUUCAAAUUUUACCUGCCAAACAGAAGGAGCAUGUUGGGCUUCCGUCAUGCUAACCAAUGGAAAGGAACAGGUGAUCAAAUCCUGUGUCUCUCUCCCAGAAUUAAAUGCACAAGUCUUCUGUCAUAGUUCCAACAAUGUUACCAAAACAGAAUGCUGCUUCACAGAUUUUUGCAACAACAUAACACUGCACCUUCCAACAGCAUCACCAAAUGCCCCAAAACUUGGACCCAUGGAGCUGACCAUCAUUAUUACUGUGCCAGCGUGCCUCCUGUCCAUAGCUGCAGUGCUGACAGUAUGGGCAUGCCAAACUCGACAGUGCACCUACAGAAAGAAAAAGAGGCCGAAUGUGGAGGAACCCCUCUCUGAGUGCAAUCUGGUAAAUGCUGGAAAAACUCUAAAAGACCUGAUUUAUGAUGUGACUGCCUCUGGAUCUGGCUCUGGUCUACCUCUGUUGGUUCAGAGAACGAUUGCGAGGACGAUUGUACUUCAGGAAAUAGUAGGAAAAGGUAGAUUUGGUGAGGUCUGGCAUGGAAGAUGGUGUGGGGAAGAUGUGGCUGUGAAAAUAUUCUCCUCCAGAGAUGAAAGAUCUUGGUUUCGAGAGGCAGAAAUUUAUCAGACGGUUAUGCUGAGACAUGAAAACAUCCUUGGUUUCAUUGCUGCUGACAACAAAGAUAAUGGAACUUGGACUCAACUUUGGCUUGUCUCUGAAUAUCAUGAACAGGGCUCCUUAUAUGACUAUUUGAAUAGAAACAUAGUGACAGUGGGUGGAAUGAUCAAACUGGCACUUUCAAUAGCUAGUGGUCUGGCCCACCUUCAUAUGGAGAUUGUUGGUACACAAGGUAAACCUGCUAUUGCUCAUCGAGAUAUAAAAUCAAAAAAUAUCUUAGUGAAAAAAUGUGAAACUUGUGCCAUAGCAGACUUAGGGUUGGCUGUGAAGCAUGAUUCAAUACUGAACACUAUUGAUAUACCUCAGAAUCCUAAAGUGGGAACCAAAAGGUACAUGGCCCCUGAAAUGCUUGAUGAUACAAUGAAUGUGAAUAUCUUUGAGUCCUUCAAACGAGCUGACAUCUAUUCUGUUGGUCUGGUUUACUGGGAAAUAGCCCGGAGGUGUUCAGUUGGAGGAAUUGUGGAGGAGUACCAGUUGCCUUAUUAUGACAUGGUGCCUUCAGAUCCCUCCAUAGAGGAAAUGAGGAAGGUUGUUUGUGACCAGAAGUUCCGACCGAGUAUCCCAAACCAGUGGCAAAGCUGUGAGGCACUCCGAGUCAUGGGGAGAAUAAUGCGUGAGUGUUGGUAUGCCAAUGGGGCAGCCCGCCUAACCGCCCUUCGGAUUAAGAAGACUAUUUCUCAACUUUGUGUCAAAGAAGACUGCAAAGCCUGAUGAUGAGAAUCAUGUUAAAAAGAAAUCUCUUACAGCUUUCUUUCUCAUUUUUCCUUUUCAUGUGAUUUUUUUGCCUUUGUGUUGUCGUUGUUCUACCUCAGAGAUAAUACAGUACAGUAUUCAAGUGCCCAAAGGCACCAUGAAAAAGAUAACUCUAAAGUCAAGCAUGAGAGGGAGUUGACUUCAUCCACUCCCCAUGUUGUCCUUAUUAUUAUUAUUUUUUUUGAGAAGCAACACAUCUAUUCAUCUCUUUAUUUAAGGAAGAUAUUGCAAAAGUGUAAAAUAAGCUAUAUAAAAUAAUAAAAGUUAUUAGGUUUUCCUUUACUUGAAUCAGGAGCACAUGAAUGAAUUGAAAAGAAAAUGUAAAAGCCCAUUUAUUUUCCUGAGAUGAAAACAUGUUCAUAAAAAAUGUGAACUGGAACAUGUUAUAUCUAAACAAAGCUUUAGAUCAUAUAAUCUAUGGUUGUCUCUAUUUAAAAAAAAUUGAACAAGAUCUUUAAAAAAAUUAAAUAUUACUCUGAACCUUAGCAUACAAAACAUGUAAAAGUGGAGCUGCUUAUUGGAAGAUGGAAGUGAGGUCAGAUCACUUACUUGAUUUCUCCUCCCAUGUUCUACUCUUCAUAGUUCACUGCCACAGCAGCUCCUGAGGCAAACAGUUUGAAAAUCACUAAGGGUGUUACUUUCUCAUAUUUACAAAUGAGACACCUGACAUCUUGAAACACUGAGAAAUGUCCCAAAGUCACAUAGCUAGUGAUAGAACUGGCACUAGGUCCAAAUCUUGUGAUAAUCCACACUGUAAAGUUAGCUAGCUUCCUACUUUUCCUUUAAUUCCCAUAGUAUUUUUCUCCCUAUGCAGAAACAUUUUUCAUGAUGAUAUUUAUGGUUUAGUCAAACAGAAGACAAAUUAAGUUAUUUUGCAGAAUCAUAGUGGACCUGUAUGAACUCUCAGGACAAUAUCCACCAACAUUUUCCUCAUAGAAAUUCCCUAGUCACCCUAUUUGUUAGAUGAGUAUUAAUAUUUUCUGAAUACUUUCAGAGGUUAAUCAGUCAUAAAAAUCAUUGUCAGAGAUGUCUUUAGGAUGAAUUUCAGUGAUCCCUACUAUUUUGCACAUAUACAUUUAGAAAGAAAAGAACAGAAAAGGCAGAGGCUACUAGGAGAUAUUUUGGGGGGAAAUAAAGAAAACUCUUAUUAAAUGAAGUAUAAUAGCCAUACCUGACAGAGGAUAUCAGUAACUGUGAGGAGACAAUCUUUCUCUACCCUUUCAAAAUGGGCAGUGGGUACUGAAGAAGUCUCAUGAUAAUUUUGCCUUUAUUCUACUUGCUGUGCAGACAGAAGUGAUGAAUUCUGAAUAAAAUAAGGAAUUCCCGUAAAAUCUUCAAUUCUGCUUUGUUGAAGGAAGAUUUAUCAUGGUAUCUUUUAUUUUACUAAAAUAUUUCCUAAACUCAGUUUCUUAGAACCCUUUUCUGAGAUGAUCCAAGACCAAAAGUGUUCUUUGGUAGAUUCUUAGGAAGUGAUAGAGCAUAUUAGCAUAUCAUGUGCUUUGCAGAGUCUAGCAGUAAAGAAAUGUUGCUUGAAUUUCUUUAAAAUGGAUUUCCCAAUUUUUUUGACCAUGGAACUAUUUCAUUAAAAAUAUGGGAAAACUUUUAUUUGCCUACAUUGUAGUUUCUACAAAGCAUGACUUGGAUAACAGUGUUCUAAAGGAUAUACCUAUGGAUUAUCAUAUAGAGCACAAUCUAGUGAUUAUACUUCAUUCUACUGUGGAAAUAUGUUACUGAACCCAUCUUUAUUUGCCUGAGAUGAGACAUCAAAAGCAAAAAUCUGACACCUUUGUUCUGCAUUUACUUUCACUCUCAUUCAUUCAGUUAUCCAUUAAUUUAAAAAUAUGGACACUCCAGAUCUUCCCUGCUAUAAUUAUGGGCCCAAAAGGGAAAUUAAAAGAUAGGUAGAGUCUGCCCUCAGAGAUUUUGCAGCCUAAUUUGGGAAUGGGAACAGGGAUGUGAUUGUGUGGGGGAAGUAAAUUGAGAAAUAGAUGUAAUAUAAUACAAAGCACGAUGUCUUGAAUUCUAUAUGAUGGUGGGUUUCAAAAACUACUCUCAAUUUUCAACAUAUUUAGAAAGUAUCUUUAUCAGGUUAUUCUAGACAAUCUAAAUAAUAUAAUAAAUUUUUUAAAGUGCAUAUGGGAAGGGAUUUUAAAAAGAGCUUAUGUGAUGGGGUAAUCUUGCUUGUGCUUGUUACCUUGGUUUUUCAUAGAUUGUUCCUGCAUAUAUGAGAAUGAAAUUAUUUAUUUACUAUAAUUGCACUAUAAUUUCAAAUAAACAAAAAUAAUAUUUCCUCUCUUAUUUACUUAAGUUGGAUGAGUACAUUUAUUUAAAUUUUAAGAGAGGAGGUUUUGCAAUCUCCAUUUUCCUUGACAUUAUGUUUUAUAAUCUAUUUGAAAGUGUCCAAAUAUAAUUCCAUAUUUAUAUUAAUUCAACUUCAUUCUAAUUCAUUUAAUAUCACAAAUAUCAUUCAACUUCCAUCUAUACAGAGAUAUUUUUUCUUGUUUUUGUGUUGGUUAACUAUAACUCCUAACUGAAUACUCUUAUGUUUCAAUUUCCAAAUAUAUUUUUAAAGAAAGGGGUAGGUUAACAAAAAUGAUAACGAAUAGUUAAAAGUUCUAAUUUUUCCUUAAAUCUCAGCAUGAUUAUAAAUAGAAAAUACUCACUUACAAAAAUAGGAUAUAGUUUAGAGCAUAAGGCAAAUUUACUGUAUAUACCUAUGCUGUUAAACUUCAUAGUGUUUCUUUUUGAUGGAGUCUUAUUGUGUAAUAUUUAUUUCUUUUCAAUUGUGUUUUAAGCAAAAAUUAUUCUUCUUAGACUCAAAGUGUCAGUGUUCUUUGCUCCUUUCAAAUAUUUCAGCUUUGGGUAUAAUAUAAAGCUUGGAAAAUGCUAUUUAUGAAAUUUCAGUACUGUAUAAAGUGGUGAUGGGAUUUAUAUGCAGCAUCAUUUCCUUAAACUAAGGAAAACAUCAUUUGUUGUCAAUAUUCCAGCAUGAACUUGUUGCCUUGUGAGCUAAGCGUUUAAGUGUGUAAUUGGUACAGAUUCCGUUGUGUGCUUCCUUCUGUCUAAAAUAUUUGGCAUGUCAUAUCGAGAAUUCUUAAUUUGUAUUCUGACUUGAAAGUUAAGUGAAACAUGGCUGUGUCGUGCACUAUUUUAGGUGUACCACUUGCUUCUCAUCUUUGUACUUUCAAUUAACUUUGCAUUUUAAAUUUCCAUGAUAAUAUGAAAAUAGUAACCUGAUUGCAGUGUCUGAAGACUUCAAAAUCAGCUUUAUUUUUAAAUGAAAAUCUACAAUAGAUUCAUUAGAUUUAGACAUUCCAUAAUAAUUUAUUAUUUGUAAUACUUCUGCUUUAGUAGAAUUACUAAACAAAACAAAACAGAACUACUUAUACUAUGCUGGAAUUUUGCCACCAUGUGACUUACUGGGGCAGAGAAAACUCAGGGCUGUCUUAGAGUUUACGAAAAAGUACCAGGGAACCUACUUAGCAAAUCAUCUGAAGGCAGGGAGCCCAUGUUUGCCAUUAUACGAAGUUCAACUCAAAAUUACUUAGCAGGGAAUCGUUUUUGACUAAGUAUUUAAAAUAAAUAUGGAAAUGUAUUUUGUUUAAAUAAAUUUAUUUAAAGCAUGGACUUUUUAUUUCCCAUCAGGAAAUUAAGAAAGUAACAGUAGUAAAUCAGUGAAGUUGAUGGUAGUUGAUGUCUUCAGUUACUGCUCCUUUAAAGAAAUUUACAAGUACAACAUUUUAAGUUACUUGGCAAUGAUUAAGAAUUAGUAUCUUAAAAUGGUGUUGUUGUGGUUUUUGAAGAUAUUCUGAAUUUCUUUUGUGGAACAUACUGCUUCAGUGUUUGCUAAUGCUUUGUGUUGGCUCCCUCCAUAAGCUAAUACCUACGUGGACUUGAUGCACUAUUUAGUGAAGACAGUAAUUCCUUUGCUUCUGAAGGCUUCCUCUAAACAGAAAAAAAAAAAAGUCAAUUGGAAUAUUAAAAUUUCAUUAAAAUGUUGAUAUUAAGUAGAAUUCUAUAAUCUAGGCAGUUUUUCAAAGUGUUUUAAUGCAAAUUUUCAGAUAUUUGGCUAUUUUUUACCUCUAGCUUUUCUUUUAUGUUUCAUUAUUUUUCUCACCUCUUUUUAAAAUAUUUCCUCACUGUCUCCCAAAAUUAUCUUUAGUUUCUAAUUUUAAAAAAUUACUAGCUACUAUUUAACUUGAUCAUUAGCCUUUUAAUGAAGGAGAAUCCCUUGGUGGUCUAAAUUAUUUCAGAGAUGUCACAGACAAAAACCAAAACCAGAAUUUUAAAAUUGUAAAGAAUGUAAGAUAUUUCAUAACUCAAUUUCCAUAUUUUAUAGAUGAAGAAACCAAGGAUCCGAAAUUAAAUGACUGCUAGUUAUUAGCAGAACUGGUGUGAGGACCGAGUUGUGGCAUCUACCACAGUGUCCUGCUGUAUCCAACAUAUACUAAUUAAAAGAUAAUUAGCAUCCAUCUAACCCUACCUGGAAUGUACACUAACAUGACAUUUAAUGGUGAUAAUCAAAUCCCACUUCUCUUUUUAUUUCUGCUAAAAUCAUUUGUUCACUCAUGGUGAGAUCAGUGAGAAAAACAAAUAGGAUAAGGAAAAAUUGCAAAAUAGUUGUCAAGCUAGGUAGGCAACCACUGGAGGGCUGAACAAAAUUUAGAAAUUGUGAGAAUAUAGAAUUUCUUAGUGCAUGUAAUGGUAAGAGAUGGAUGCCUCAUGACUCCUCUCCUUUUUGUAAAGGUUGUUCUUUCUCUUUAUGCUUUGGAACAGGAGUGAAAGAUGAUUUGGUAGUUAAAUAUGGGACCAUGUCUGGUAGCACAUUCUCUUUUCUCUUUACUUAGUUUCUCAUUAAUUCAUCUUUGGCAUUCACAUUCUUUCAGUACAUUAAAAAGUAUCUUUACUGGAUUUCAUCAAUUCUGGUCACUGUAUAAUUCCUGUUCUAGUAUUCUAGCCCCUGUCCAGAUUGCUACACACUCACCCCCUUAACAAGAUUUUAAUUUCCCGUAUCCACAUAUGAGAGCUUUCAACUCAUGCCUUCUCUAGUAAUUUUUCAUUUAGUGUGAUGAAGAGGAUAUUUGUUAAUAGCAAAGAAGACUUUCAUUUAAAUUUUUAAAAGGCUAGUGGUUUAGUUAUAUUCUAGCUUUUAGCUAACAUACAAAGAAUGUCUACUUUUGCCUUAAUGCUAAAUUCCACUUAAGAGAUGGUGACUUAGAUAGGGAAUGUGAAAUAUAUGUCCCAUAACAUGACUGCUAAAUUUAUUUCUGCUAUGUUUCAUGCUGUUGCUUUGUUUUGCUUAGACCAUCUAUUAAAAUUAUUAUGUCAUAUGGUUUGGAAUAUAAUAUUGAAUUAAAAUUAAGUAAUAAUUCUCAUUUUAAAAUCUCACUAUUAAGAACUGCCAGGAUGCUUCUUAAUUCAGUUAUAGAGUAAUACAACAUUUGGAAGAAUAUGAACACUAUCUCAUCCUAGAUUUUAAUAUUCUCAGAUAUGAGUAUAUUUUCUUGCCAGUGGUCCAUGUUAUCCUACAAGAAGUUUUUCUCUCCAUAUCUAACAGUUUUAACUGCAAGAUUUCUACUCUGGGCUACAUGAAUGUUAGCAUAGCCACUAAGAAUCUGAAUGUGUUAGGAAGUUAGCCUUAUGCCAGGUGUCACCAGAUCCAUCUGGGAAUGUGCUUUAUAAGAAUCGUCUCAGCUGAGAGGCAGGUAGGGGCUGAAAUCCAAACUGCAAUUGGGUCCUAAACUCAGAAAUAUUUUUAUAUUUUGUAGAAAAUUACCUUAUUAGUUUAUAUAUCUUCAGAAAAUGAGAAUUAAAUUUUUUAAAUGGUUCCUGACAUCUGGAAACUGAAUAGAGAACAAAGGGAAAAAUACUUUAGAUUUCCAUCCUACAUUCCCAAGACAACAAAAGAGAUUGUAUCUUUUUGAUUUAACUUUCAAUCCAGACAAUCUGUAGCAAGAUUCAUGGACCUUAGUUUCUAUAUCUCCACUGAGUUUUUAUUCCAUGCCCAAACCUUUCAUUAACUUUGCCUUUAAAAAGGUAAUUACAUGCCCAAGUUCUGUCUAUCUAAUGCAGGAUUAGAAUGGGGUUUACCAAUAUCUCCAUUUCCUCCAACAGGCUAAAUACAAGUAAGUAAACAUUUUUACAAAUCCAACUCUUUUUCUCUCUUUAUAUAAAGUAAGUUUAUCUUAGCCAAAAUAUUAGAUUCUACUUCAUUUCCACAAUGCCUAGUGUCAAGCUCUUGUAGUCUUCUGAUCCUAGACUGGAAAAAAUUAUUCAAACUUCAUCUGUGUUUCAGGUUUCAAAAUGUCCUAAAAACAGAAAAUGAUUCAGAUCUCAAAAAAAGGAAAUUUGGAUUGACUUUCAAAGUACUAAUACUAAUUAUACUUUUCUUUUGGUAGUGUGACUUUUCUUAUACCUAAGAACAUAUUACAAAUGUCAAAACCAUUGCAUUUUGACAUUGCAAAACAUGCCUUGAACUCUUGAACUACUGUGAAAAAGAAUCACUGUUGUAAAGACUUAUUAUGAGGUAGCUGAAAUUCUUAAGAAUGUAAAAAGAUAUUACCUUUCCACAGACAGGUUACAAAUGAAUGUAUAUAGGAAAUAUGAAGAAAUAGAUUAGGUCUUAAAAUGAAAAUUAGGCAAUAAAUUGUAUCAAAAGAUAUGCAGAUGGAAAUUUUAGUAGUUGCAAUUUAAUCAUUGAAGCUGAAGAGAAUUCCAAAUUUCAAAAAGAAAUGAAUAAUAUCCAGAUGUUUUAUUAAUUUCUAGCCUGUGUAAAUAUGCAUUUUAUAGUAAUAUAUGUAUGCUUAUUUUGUUUAGAAAUAAGACUAUUUUAGAAUUUAGUAAGAACUCAGUGAUAGCCUUCAUACCAAAAUGUUUAACUUUAUCAACAAGUCAUAAAAGUAUUUAUUUUAAAGCUUUUUAAUAUUAUUGCAUAACUUUUAGCUGCCUUCAGAUGUAAAUAGUUAUCUGCCUAAAUGUUAUAUUUUUAUGUAUGCAUUUUCCAAAAAUGUAUUUUGUAAAAUGGCAAAGAUAAUAAAUUAAGCACUCCUUGCACUUGUUUCUGUGAAGCAUAUAGAGCUCUAUUUUAAAUAAAAAGAGUGUCAUAUUUCAGUUUCUA